AUGAAGAAGAUAACGACUUACAUUAAGGACGGAGGGAUUAUCAUAAAUCUUCGGGAUCCCCUAAUCCUUACCCACGAAUCCAAACUUUUCGUAAAAACUGCCGCUGUGUUUUGGAAUUACAAAAACGUUCGCGCGGGUUACAUCGACUACAUUUCCGUAGAUGGAAAGAAAGUUACGAUGGAUGAAGGAUAUUGGACGUUUAAACAGCUACGAAAAAAGAUGGAGGAAAACGGACUGACGUUCAAGGAAUAUCCAGACGGAAGGGUAAAGAUCGACAUCGAUAGCGAGACAAAGAUGGUGGGACUUCGGAAUCUCACGGGGAUUUUGGGAUACCGAUCCUCCAACGGUCCUACAUACACUCCACACAUCAGCGACCGUCCCGUAGAUAUUCACGAUGGUCUGCGAUACAUCAUGGUCAGCUGUAAUCUCGUGAACCGUGAGCACAACAUCGGACCAGACGGAAAUCGGAGUACCAUCAUCACCUCUCUUCCGAUCGAUGGAACCAAGCCUCUUUUCGGAACCAUGACCAAGUACAAUGACAUCGAAAGUCAGGUACAGGUGGACGCUGGAAGGUACAACGAAAUCCGGUUUACAAUCGGAUCCAACACCGGAGUUGUUCCUGGAGAUGUUUUGUUAG